AUGAGGAGCAAUCUGGGUUUAUGCCAGGGAGAAAUAUUUGUAAAUAAUAUUCGUCUGAUUCUGGAUAUGAUAGACUAUAAUGAAUUUAUACCUGAUGAAAGUUUUAUUCUGUUUGUGGACUUCUAUAAAGCAUUUGAUACAGUCAAUCACCAGUUUAUGUUUAAAGUUAUUCGAUGUUUUGGUUUUGGAAAUAGGUUUUUGAGGGCAGUUCAAACACUUUAUAAAGGAAGUAACAGUUCAAUUAAGAUAACAAAUGGCACAACACCCAGAUUUAAUAUUGGUCGUGGAAUCAGACAAGGUUGUCCCCUAAGUCCCUUUUUGUUUUUGCUGGUUACACAGGUUAUGGCAACACAUAUUAAAAAAAGCAACUUUCAGGGUAUGACAGUCGUAGGUAGAGAAUUCAAACUAGCUCAGUUAGCGGAUGAUACAGCUAUUUUUUUGUCCAACCAAAAUGAACUUGUCAAAGCUGUGCAGUGUAUCAGAGAGUUUUCGGAGGUUUCUGGGCUGACAAUGAACCUUAAUAAAUCUAUGCUUUUUCCCCUCAAACACUGUGAUCUGGCAGAAUUAAAUGGUAUUCCCAUUAAACAAACUGUGACAUAUUUGGGUGUUGUACUUGACAAAAAUGAGAAGAGGCGCUCUGAGUUAAACUUUGAACCAAUAACUCAACAGAUACAAAGAAAAUUCAAUAUGUGGUUAAUGAGGGAUCUAUCUUUACACGGACGGAUUCUGUUAUCCAAAGCUGAAGGAAUAUCAAGAUCUGUAUAUCUAUCACUAGCACUAGAAAUGCCUACUGUAGUCUCCAAGAAAUUAGAUCAAAUCUUAUUCAGGUUUAUCUGGAAGAACAGACGCCAUCAUUUAAAAAAAGAUAUUCUAAGUAAUACCAAGAGGGAUGGUGGUUUGGAUGUGCUAACCUUCGAAAUAUUGAAUCACUCUUUCAAGAUCAACUGGCUGAGUAAGUUAUGUAGAGAGAAGAACAACCUCUGGAAUUCCUUUGCUACACAUGUAUUCAACUCACUUGGUGGUAUACGCUUUAUGUUGAAAUGUAAUUACAAAAUUGAGAAGCUUCCUGUUAAACUCUCUAACUUUCACAAACAAGCCUUGCUGUCCUGGAAACUGAUCUACAAACAUAAUUUCUCACCAACCAGCUAUUAUAUUUGGAACAAUGAAGACAUCGUUUACAAAAACCGAUCACUGUAUUACAAGGACUGGAUGGAGCACAACAUUUUACUAGUCGACCAACUUCUUAACAACCAUGGCUUUUUACUUUCUUAUGAAGAAUUUAUGUUAAAAUUUCAACUCCCAGUCACCCCAAAACAAUAUGCAGUGGUUUUUGAUGCAUUACCUCAGGGGGUGCUACAACUUCUUAAAGGGUCUGAAAGAACGGCUGCUAUUCCAGGAAAUUACACCUGUGAUAUAUUUGUGGGCGGAAUAGACAUUACAAAAAGACCCUGCUCGAAUAGACUGUUGAGAAGCUGCCUACAACCAAAGACACUGCCUAGAGGUCAAACUAACUGGUCUGUACAAUUGGGAGAAAUUAACUGGAGCAAUGCAUGGCUGGUUGGUGAAAAAUUCUGUCUCAAUAACAAGGUCAAAGAAGUCUCUUUUAAAAUAUUACAUCAGAUUUACCCUGCAAAGAAAACUCUCGAAAGAUUCAAACUGGACAUUGAAUAUUUAUGUGAUUUCUGUGGACUUGAAGAUGAAACCAUCUCUCAUUUAUUUUAUCAUUGUACCUACAGUAAAACCUUUUGGAUUGAUGUCCAACAAUUUGUGCACGAGAAAACAGGAAGAACGAUCAGUUUCCAGGAAAAACAUAUUUUUAUUUAUUAUGAUGACCAGGACAAAGAUCUGUGCUUUUUUUGUCAGUUGAUCCUGAGCUUGGGGAAAUUCCAUAUUCACAAAAACAAAUGGGCCAAAUCCAAGCCAAACAUUGCACUCUUCAAAAAUGAACUGCUCCAUUAUGCUGCCAUGAUCAAGGACAUUAAAAACAAGAAAGCUACCAAAACUUACUCCAUAAUGAAGAAAUUCUGUACCAUUGAACUGUAA